UGUUCUAAAAAUCAUGGCUCAUCAUUCAAAACCUCACACAACCACAGCCUACAAUACCAACUUCUACAGAUCCAUUCUCGCAUUAACAACUCUCCAUUCAAUAACACCCCGCAAGAAGAGGGAGAAGAAGAAGAAGAAUCAGAAGAGCAAAGCAGAUGGGUGUGGAUUACUACAAGAUUUUGCAGGUGGACAAGAGCUCUAAAGAUGAAGAUUUGAAGAAGGCUUAUAGAAAGCUUGCUAUGAAGUGGCAUCCUGAUAAGAACCCCAACAACAAGAAAGAGGCUGAAGCCAAGUUCAAGCAGAUCUCUGAAGCUUACGAGGUUUUAAGUGAUCCCCAGAAGAGAGCAGUGUAUGAUCAGUAUGGUGAAGAAGGCCUCAAAGGCCAAGUGCCACCUCCAGAUGCUGGGGUUCCUGAUGGAGCCACCUACUUCCAAACGGGAGAUGGGCCAACAAUGUUCAGAUUCAACCCGAGAAAUGCCAACGACAUAUUCGCGGAGUUCUUUGGGUAUUCAAGCCCAUUUGGAGGAAUGGGUGGGACUGGAGGCGGUGGCAUGAGGGGUUCCAGGUUUUCCAGUGGAAUGUUUGGGGAUGAUAUCUUCAGUUCAUUUGGGGAUAGCAGGCCAAUGAGUCAAGGUCCUCGCAAGGCGCCUCCUAUUGAAAAUACACUACCUUGUAGCCUCGAAGAUCUUUACAAGGGAACUACCAAAAAGAUGAAGAUUUCAAGGGAAAUAAUGGAUGCAAGUGGGAAAACUAUACCAGUGGAGGAAAUUCUGACCAUAGAAAUCAAGCCAGGGUGGAAAAAGGGAACAAAAAUCACCUUCCCGGAGAAAGGAAAUGAGCAACCCAAUGUCAUUCCAGCGGAUCUGGUUUUCAUAAUCGAUGAAAAACCGCACAGCAAAUUCACAAGGGAGGGUAAUGACCUGGUUGUGACACAGAAGAUAACGCUAGCGGAAGCACUGACAGGCUAUACCGUCCAUCUCACAACACUAGACGGGAGGAGCCUCAGCAUUCCCAUCAACAAUCCCAUUCACCCCAAUUAUGAGGAAGUUGUUCCAAAGGAAGGCAUGCCCAUACCAAAAGAACCCUCGAAGAGGGGCAACCUAAGAAUCAAGUUCAACAUCAAGUUUCCAACAAGGUUAACUGCAGAGCAGAAGUCCGGAAUCAAGAAACUAUUGGGUUCUUAAAUCGGAUUAUGGCUAAUGAUGUGCGACUGUAUGAUUUAAAAGAGCUACUGGAUAUUUGUCUUUUUUUUUUUUUUUUUGAAAUAGUGUGCAUGGCCAGACGUACCCAAUGCAUUUGUAACUCAAAUGAAUAAAAUUUGGAGUAAAAGACAAUAGUGAGUAAAAUUUCAGUUUUGAAUUGCUAGAAUAGUGAUUGUAGCGUUAUAGUUGAAUGGAAGAUCAGAAGAUUUUCGUA